AUGCAUUUUCUUUUAUUGGUUUUCUUUUUAUCUUUCCAUAACACAUACGCGUAUGGUGGCGGCGCCUAUGGUGGUUGGAAAAGUGCCCAUGCAACAUUUUACGGAGGCUCCGAUGCUUCCGGCACAAUGGGUGGUGCAUGUGGAUAUGGUAACUUGUAUAGCCAAGGUUAUGGGACUAAUACUGCUGCAUUGAGUACUGCCCUUUUCAACAGUGGGCUGAGCUGUGGUGCCUGCUAUGAAAUGAGGUGCAAUGACGACCCGAAGUGGUGUCUUCCGGGAACUAUAACCUUCACCGCCACCAAUUUCUGCCCACCAAAUUAUGCAUUGGCCAAUAACAACGGCGGCUGGUGCAAUCCACCUCUUCAACACUUUGAUCUCGCUCAGCCUGCAUUCUUGAAAAUUGCACAAUAUCGUGCUGGAAUAGUACCAGUGGCGUAUAGAAGGGUUCCAUGUGAGAAGAAAGGAGGAAUGAGGUUCACCAUCAAUGGCCAUUCUUACUUUAACUUGGUGUUGAUAACAAAUGUUGGAGGAGUAGGAGAUGUGCAUGCAUUGUGGAUCAAAGGGUCACGCACUGGUUGGCAAAAAAUGUCAAGAAAUUGGGGCCAAAAUUGGCAGAGUAAUUCUUACCUAAAUGACCAAAGUCUUUCUUUUAGAGUUACAGCCAGUGAUGGCCACACAGUUACCAGCUACAACGUUGUACCAGCAAGCUGGCAAUUUGGACAAACUUUUGAAGGAGGCCAAUUUUGA